UUUACUAUUCGCCAAUUCAAGAUGUCCGCGGCCGUGAAGUCGCGUACGGCGUGGUCGUUCGCUUCUGCCGCGGUGGCUUCUACGUUGCGUGGUGCUCUGCCGGCUCGAGGUGUAGCGACCUUCAGCUUGGCCGACUACGGUGCCGUGGGUGUCGACCUGGACCACACCCUGGCAAGCUACGACAUGCGCGCUCUUUUUACGGCCGUGCAGCGGGACGUGCGCCAAUUCCUCGUCUCCAAGGGUCGGGUGCUGGGCGAGCCGGUCGGCUGGGCCCCGCUGAAGGGGCUCGUCGUGGACGCAGACCGAGGUCUGCUUCUCAAACUGGACGCUGCGGGCCGCGUGGAGCGCGCCGUUCGCGGCGUUCGGCCAGUUCCCGAUGCGGGCCGCCUGUACGGGGGCCUGGCCGUGCCAUGGGCCAUGGACACGCCCGCGCCCCCUCCGGGCUGGGCAUGCUUCAGGGAUGACUUCAGCGUGCCGGCCGAGCCGCUCUACGCUCAGCUCGUGUCCGAGGCCGCGUCGGACCAGUCGGACGCCCCACUGCGACCGCUCUGGACCGAGAUGCUGGAGGCCUUCUCGCACGUAUACGGGCCGACGGGCUUCUGGGUUCGAACGCUGGUCGAGAGACCGCAGGAACUGGUGCAUCGAUGCUCCGAGUCCGUGGUGCUCUGGCUGCGCGCCUUGCGGCGAGACGGCAAGCGCACCUUCUUGCUGACCAGCGCCGAAGCCCCGGUGGUAAGGUCGAUGGCGCGGCACUGCCUCGGUGACGACUGGAUGGAUCUCUUCGACCUAGUCAUUGUGGACGCCCGGAAGCCGGGAUUCUUCUCGAACAAGCGCCCAUUUCUGAAGCACGCGGGCGACGAGACGCGGCCACUGACGCCCGACGAGACCUUAAAGCCGGGAAGAAUGUACUGCCAGGGAAGCUGGAGCGAAGUCCUACGUCGUCGCUGGCUGGGUUCUCGGCGAGCUUUGUACAUCGGGGACUCGUUGCUGGACGACGUGCUUGCCGCGCGUGGCUGCUGCGACACUGUGGCCAUUGUUCGAGAGAUGGCUUGCGAAGAGACCCUAAGCGAUGAGUGCGAGAAGAACUGGGGCUCGCUGUUUGUGUCCGGGAGGGUACCGAGUUUGUGGACGCGGACCCUGUGUGCUGCCGCCAAGCUUGCCGUGCCCAGCGUGGACGUGCUCGCCGAGCUGCCGCUCACCCGCAGACUGCCGGCGUUCGACGGUUCCGCCACGCCACGGGGCUUCUACCCGAGCCCUCCGAGGGCGCUGAGCUUGUUGGACUCCUGACACGGCGGCGGCAUCAUAAACCGUGCGUGAAGGCUGACUCGGAUGGGACGCAUAAUCACAGGACCGCUCCGAGACGCCUGCCCUAGAAAAUGCUCCCGUUUUAGCUCAAACUGCGGCGGUAGGCCACGAGCCAUCGGAGCCAAUUCAGCGUGAUUGCCACGUGACCUGGGAAAUGUGCGCGGCGUGGCGCGGAGUGAAGUGCUACCUACGUGCAUGGUGCAAAAUUGGCUGUCCGUAGCAUCAGCUGCGGUUCAUCGUAAGCUGCAACAGAGCACUGUAGGGCCGCUGAAUAAGCGACGCGUAGAGUGUCUGCACUUCAUUCCCAAAUUUAUCGUUUUACAAUUGGAAGUUUUAGACUAACGUCCACAAUUUGAACGCACGCUAGCGCUAAACUUAUGGCUUGCGUUAAAGCACAUAUGCAAGAGAGUUUCAGAACAGCGUUUUUCCGCCACGACGCAAAAACCCAAGCAUCCCGCACAUGCAACGCCACCAAGGCAUGGUAUACAUUCUUAUUUCACUCACGAAAUGCUGUAAUUUAGAAAACAACAACCUUAACAACAACCAUAUGUUUGGUUCAUAGUAAUAUUUCGACUUUGUAGAAAUAUUGCAAUGCGAUGGGAGCGCUCGACCGGUCUUUAGGGACGCGUGUAUAGAGAGUUUGGUCAAUGAGAGGCGCGAGCACAUGCAGGUUGUGCACCAGACGCAGUAGAGGGCUUGGCAAGCUCUCUUGGCCAACCAGAAGCGAAAAAAAAAAAAAUCCCCUUGGCAUGGCGACAAAACAGUUUUAAUAAUAGGUAUAUUUAUUUUUACUUUAUUUAUUCAUCACCGCCAGCUAUUGAUUGGCCAAGGCAGGAGUGUUUACAUAGUCGAAAAGAGCUCACAAUCAAACUAUACGGUACGACAUUACACGGGAAAAUACGAGGCAAUGCUUCUUUCAAACGCAGAUGCGCUUGAACUAUUUACAAUGGUUUCAGGCAAACUAUUCUAGUCAUCUCACAAAGAACACAAUUUAAAUACAUCAGAAAAGUACGGAUACGGAUCAAUAUGCCUGUUAUGCUUACGACUAACUAUUAUCUGCGUCGAAAAGUGUAUAUAUUUUUGUUUGUCUAACUCCUGGGAAUCGCUUACAAUGGAGAGAAAUCUAGCUCAAUUUCAAAAUUCUGUAACUGAUGUGGUUGAUCCGUAAUCAUUAAAAAUAAAUGGUUUUAAUAAGGGCGUAAGGGUUGAAUAUGGUAACCCUUCAUGGUUGAAAAUAGGGUGCACGUGAACUGAAUGCUAUAUUUUGUCCUCCUCUCCAGAGCAGUUUCGGUUUCGAGCAGUUGCGUUUUUUACUUUAUUAACAAUACACGUGACGCUAUAACGAAAUAUUUACUUUGUAGUCU